AUGGAUGUGGAUAAACGUGAGUCUCAGAUACUUGAUAAUGAAUUUCAAUUUUUAUAUCAUGAGCACGAAGAAGAAGACGAUCACCAUGACGAAGAUGAUGAAGACGAAUACAAAGAUGACGAAACUGAUGAAAUUAAAUCUGAAUCUAAUGAAUCAUCAAAAACGAUAAUAAGUUCACAAGAUUCUGCAUCGAUAAUCGAAUCCAGUGAUACUGGUAUCAGUAAAUCUUCGAAAAAAAUUGAAACAAGUGAUUCACAAAUAGAUAUUCCUGAGGAAGUAAUACCUGAAGACGCAGGACUGAGACCUGGAUCUUGGAUACUUUUUCCUAAAUUACCUGAAGACAGAGGCGACGGUGUUAAAAAAUUUAUUAAUCUGACUGAAGAAUUAAAACUUCCGCCAAUUGGACAAGUUCCUCAGAUGCUAAAAACUAAUGAAAUAAAUUUGAAGUCCUACUGUUUAGAUCCACGGACCGUAAAAAUAAUUUGCGAAGCACUCAACUAUAAUACGACUGUUAAAAUUCUUAAUUUACAAGAUAAUUGGCUGACUACAGACGCGUGUUAUCACUUGAACGAUCUUCUUAUAAACAAUAAUGUUAUAACUUGGAUUAUUUUGUCUGGGUGCCGUAUUGGAGUACAAGGAGCUAAAGAGCUGGAAACAGGUAUCAGUUCAGCUGAAUCACUUGAAUAUUUAGAUAUUAGCCGGUGUGAUUUAGAUGACGAAGGCUUGCGAUACAUCAGCAUAGGAGUCUAUUGUAGUCCUAGUAUAAAAAUAGUCAAUCUUUCUAAUAAUAAUCUAAGCGAGGAUUGCGCUAACGCUCUUCAGAAAAUGAUCAUUCAAACUGAUACCUUGAGCGAACUUAAUUUAUCAUGGAAUUUUUUAAAUAGCGAAGAUUUUUGGAGGACAUUUGUCGUUGGAUUGUUACAAAAUGUGACUUUAAAAAAUUUAAAUGUCAGUUGGAAUGGAUUAGAUGAAGAAUGUCUACCAUUUUUAGCUGAAUAUUUAUCAUCUGACCCGAACCUUUUUAUAUUAAAUCUUCGAGACAACAGAUUUAAGUCAGUGGAAAAAAUAGCGGAGGCAUUGAUAAAAAAUACAAAGUUAGAAAUAAUUGAAUUGGGAAAUAAUCCUACUGAAGCGAAUGAAGUUUUGGCUUUUGUUGAGGUAUUAACAAAUGUAACACCGACUUCACAACUUCGGUUGAUUGAUCUAGAAAAUAUGUGGACAAAUAAAGAAGUACUGGUACUGAUAGAUGAAAUAAAAAAAAAAUUAACGAGUGUAGAUAUUACUUUAGGAGGAAUAUUGAGUAAUUAUAAAAUAAUUGGACCGGAUCCACGUAAAAUAUUUUUAAAAAGAGCUAAUUUUGAAGCGAUGAAGCCUAAGAAAAAAAAAUUUAAGAGAAAUUUUGGUCAAUUUGUCAUGUCACUGCAGGAUAUUAUUGUGACACGAGAUGCCUUCAAAAGUUCUAUAAAAAAUGCGAAAGUAAAAUUAUCCGAGUCUUUAAUCACUGAAAUAAUGAACGCAUUUGAAAUCAGAGAGGAUGCAAUAGACCAAAGUGCUUUAAAAAAAUUUUAUUUAGAAGAAUAUCCAGAAACUAGUCAACUGCCACCACUCACCUAA